AUGGAGGUUGCAUAUCGUAUUCGUUUGACGGCAAUUUUAGAUAUGACUCGUUUUCUUUUUAAGCAAGGUUUACCUUUCCAUGGAAAUGAUGAGUCUUCAAAUUCACUAAACAAAGGCAAUUUUCUUGAGUUGCUUGAUUGGUAUAGCCUACGAAAUGAAGAAGUUUGGAAGACAGUCAAUCAAAAUGCCCCUGGAAACAAUCAAUUGACUUCCCCAAAAAUUCAAAAGGAGUUGGCAAAUGCUUGUGCAACGGAGAUUACACUUGUUAUUGUUGAUGAUAUUGGGGAUAAUUAUUUUUCUCUUAUGGUUGAUGAAGCCCGAGAUGCUUCAAUAAAGCAACAAAUGGGAGUUGUUUUACAAUAUGUGAAUAAGAAUGGACAUGUGAUAGAGCGAUUCCUUGCAUUGGUUCAUGUGCCUGAUACCUCUGUAAUUUCUUUAAAGAAUGCCAUUGAUUGUUUAUUUGCUAAACACAAGUUGUCUCUUUCGAGGUUAAGAGGGCAAGGAUAUGAUGAGGCUUCAAAUAUGCGAGGUGAAUUCAAUGGUUUGAAAGCACUUAUUUUAAAAGAAAAUCCAUAUGCAAGAUAUGUACAUUGUUUUGCUCACCAACUACAAUUAGUGGUUGUUGCGGUUGCUAAAGAGAAUCGAAUUGUGAGUGAUUUUUUCCAAUAUGUUAAUAUGAUUGUUAAUGCCACCAGAGCGUCAUGUAAAAGGAGAGAUCAACUUAUGCAACAUCAUCAUGAUAGAUUGGUUGAGCAAUUGGAGAAGGUGGAGAUAGUCAGUGAGGUACUCCAAAAUGUGCAUGAUGAUGGGGCUUCUACUAACAAUAGAGGCAUAGUGCCAAGUUUGAUUGACAAAAUGGAGAAUUACCAGUUUGUAUUUGUGAUGGAGACAGGAUGGGAGGAGUUUUUGGGAGAAGUUACCUCUUUUUGUAAGGGUAACUCAAUUGAUGUGCCUAAUAUGGAGGAUAAUAUGCCAAUUCGUGGUCGUUCUAAGCGGGAAGGACAAUUCAUUACUCAUUUUCACCAUUAUCGUGUUAUUGAUUUGAUUUCUCAAGAAAUGCUCAACCGCUUUCCUGAAGCUAGCACGGAGUUACUUCUUUUGGUAUCAUGCCUUGAUUCUAGGGACUCAUUUUCUAAAUUCAACAUCCAUAAGCUACUCCGUCUUGCAGAGUUGUACCCUGAAGAUUUCUCAGGGACUGAACACAUGAUGCUUGAGGAUCAACUUGCUACUUUCAUUUAUGAUGUGCAACAUAAUGAUGAUUUUGCAAAUAUCAGAGACUUGGGAGGUUUUGCUAUAAAGAUGGUUGAUACCGGCAAAUGUACUAUUUUUCCCCUCAUUUAUCGUCUUAUUGAGCUGCCAUUGGUUUUUCCAGUUGCGACAGCUAGUGUUGAGAGGGCAUUUUCGGCGAUGAAUAUUGUGAAAUCUGACUUGCGCAACAAAAUGGGAGACGAGUGGAUGAAUGAUAGCAUGAUUGUCUAUAUUGAGAAAGAGGUUUUUGCAACUAUUGACAAUGAGGCAAUCCUACAAAUGUUUUCAAAAAAUGCAAACUCGCCGUAUUCAGUUACCUCCUUUAAGUAG